AGAAGUAGAAGGAGGAAAGGUUAGCUCACCGCUGUCGUCGCUCCCUCUUAUAUACUUCUCCCGGAAGCAAGUUGAUUCUGAGACCUGCUGAUAUCUCCUGAGUUGUCUCUGCUCCCGACAAACUUCAUCACUCGUGGUAUAUGCAAUCCGUGAUUCAAUUCUCAGUAUGACCACUCUUGUGCCAGGCCCGUAUAGCAACGACGACGCCCCUUGUACGACCAGGCAAGCCCCGUCAUAUCGAUUCUCGUUACUGAAAAAGUCCUCACAACCACCUUUCUUGAUAAAACCGUUCACGUCAAGUCAACGCUUGACCCCCCCCCCCAUAUCGAUUCAGGACGACUCGCGUCGCGCCCGAGAGCAAAUACCACCCUGCCCUUCCCCCCAACGUCUUGAAUCACUCACCCUCUGUGCUCCCAAGUCAGCCCCCCCUUCUAACAUCAUGCAGAGAGCCAGUCGACGGACGAGCGUAAAAGCAGACAAAGAGGCAAACACCGACUCAUCACGGCGCCGAAAAUGUCUUCAUUUCAAUCCACUGCCCCCCAACACCACCAUCAUCAUAACAGGGCCGCCAAUCCCCCUUCGGAACCAGAGACGUCUCUCCCGCCCUUAGACGGGUAUCUCCGCCCCGUCCUGCUGGCGUCCCGUCUUCUUCUCCGUACCGACAACGA